UCAUCAUCGUCGCCAUCGCCGUCGUUAUUAUUGCUGUUAUCAUUGUUGUUGUUAUCACUGUUGUUGUUAUUGUUGUGGAUGCGACACUGCGCCAUCGUUGUCGCCGUCGUCGUUGUCGGUGGUGGUUGUGUUAGCAGCAGUAGCCGUCGUAGUAGUAGUAGCGCGCACCCCCCCUAAUCGACAGUGCAGUCCGUGCUGGUAAGAACGCAAGCGCAAGAUGUAUGCAGCAGCAGGUGGCGCCUCGCUGGCGUCACGCCAGGCGCGCAAGAAGCAGGCCCAGCAGAACACAAAAAACAAGGCCACCAAUCAGCAGAUACUGCGGGAGAAGCUAGCAGCGAAGGCGGCCACCACACCGACCAAGAGCAAACACUUCCACCAGCUGCCGGCGUCCUAUCUGCGGGCACCCCAUCAGCACCACCGGAAGCUCAGUGCGGGCUACACCAGCAUACCCGGCUCGGACCAGCAGCAUCCCCAUCACAAGUUUGGUGAUCAACCCUGUUCGUCCUACACCGGUGCGCCCGUCACCCAUGCUCACGGUCCGCACCUAGGUGGUCCGGGACACGCCCACCAUCAUCACCACCAUCAUCAUGCGGCACCGGGAGGUGUGCCGCAUCCGUGUCAUCUGCAUGGUGCUGGACCCUCCGGACAACCGCCCAUCUCGGGAGCGUCCUUUCCCCCAAUGCCGAAACCUACCGGAUUUCGCGAGUAUGACAAGCUGGUACGUCGACAGCAGCUUACAAAGUCUGCCACCGCCACACUACCGCUGGUAUCCCAAGCCCAGCAAGAUCUCACACCACCGCAAACACCAACCCUCGGUUUUGGAGAGUCGGCAGGUACCGAACCUCACGGUGGGCAUCACCAUCACCUACUGUUACAGCAACAGCAGCAGCACCCUCAUCAUCACUCACAACAGCAUCUCGAUAAGGUGGGCAUCUCGGGUCAAGAGGAGGGCGAAUGUGCGGUCACGCAACCACUCACACUGCAGAUACCGAAUGAUCCGAUCAUCAUUACCCCUGCCACACCGCAGGCUACACCACCGGGCCGUCUCGGACUGAAACCGCUGGUGCUGACGGAUGACGAGGAGGCCCAUCCGCUGACCAGCCCAACGCCCGGUGCGCUCGAGCGAAAGUGUAGCGUGUAUCGUGGCCGGAAGCUCGAUCCGUUCGAGGAACAGUUCUACAACGCGACGACAAUAACCAACGCACAGCAUCAGCACCAUCAGUAUCAUACGGACGAUGUGUUCUUCCCGCCGGCGACCGGCAGUGUGCCGAAUGGGGGUGGUGGUCACUCCACCACCACUACCACGCCCGGACAUCAGCAGGUGCCCAAGUGGGACUCGGAGUACUACUGCUGUGAGUGUGAUCAUCGCCAGUACGGUGUGUGUACCUGUGAUCAGUUCGAGUGUGCCCAAGGUCGUGCAGCAUGGCUAGAAAGAGGAAGACGUUGCAGCGUACAGGAAACACCCGCCUCUUGCCAUCGACGAUGGGUCAAACGGAAUCGGAUACAAGACUCAUCGUUAGGUGGCUCCUCGGACGAUGAAGACCUGCUCGGCGUACUCAGAGGACCCAGUUCAUUCGCCAAUGCCUUCCUAUACGUAGGUUUAGGUACCAUAGCAAUCGGUUUAGUGAUAGCAUUCGUCGGUACCGGCGAGAAAGGGUUCAAAACGGUUGAACUAAGACUAAUCGGGCCAUCGUUAAUUGGUCUCGGCUUAUUUUGUUGUAUAUUACGUAUCCUGUUUUGUAUAUGCCCAUCCCAUUGUAUAUCAUCUAGUCGUAGAGCGCGAGAUAAGAAAAACGCCAAGAUAGACGCAGAUCAUAGAACUUCCCUGUUACGAGGCGACAGUAAACGAGUAUCGAUAGCACGCGGACCUCACAUACCGACUAAACAGCCUCAAAUAUAUCCUAAAUCGAUCGUGAAAACUAAAACCUACGAAGGUGUGGAGGCACUGAGGCAGAUCGCGACGACGUCGCUCUUUCUGCAGAACGAGCAAAAGGUGUCGUCGAACCGGAUUGUUCCUAUUAUCAAAGAACCGGAGAAGCUAGAAGAACCACCUUUAGAGCUGAGGAAGAUUGAUCCCCGACGGGAUGAGGCUGCGAUCGUGAGCAUAUCGGACGGGGAAGAGGAUUCCCAUCGAAGACAAGCGGCCGCCCAAGCGUCCGACACGCAGGUGAUAGAUCUUACCGGCGAAGACCAAGACGAGGAACAAUCCCAUUCGCCCAGCAGUGGCGCGAGCCACCAUCAGCGCAAGGACAGCAAGCUGCGUCGCCAGCGAACCUCCGUUCACCAGCAAAAACCGGCCCGAGAAUUGCAGAACUCGGCGUACGGUGCUAGCAAUGCGAUACCGAGCGAACCUCCGAAUCUGCUGAUGGAAACGUCCCUCAUGAUCAUCGGCCCAACACCACUGAGCUCACCCACAAAAUCGGUGUCCGCUAGCCCACCAACCACUAUCCCCGGUGGCACAUCUUCACUCACCGUUCCGACCAAAUCCGCGAAUGGGUCCGCCGUGCAACCAAGCAAACACUCCGCACCCGGCCCAAGCUCUACAGCAGGCAAUCUGCUAACGUUGCCACCCGCUGUCAGUUCGGCGGCUGGGACGGGUGGACCAACGGUCAGUUUCGCCGGUAGUACACCGCUACCGGGUCAACUUUCGCCACUGCCAUCGACGUCGUACCUUUCCUCGUCGGUUGCCGGUGGUUACCGAUCGUCGGCCACUUCCUCGCCGCUGCCCGGUUUCAUACCGUCUGUCUCGCCGCACUACCACAGCAACAGCAGCAGCAGCAGUAGUAACUACAUCUUUUCGCCACCGCCUUUCACGCAACACGAGCCGAUCACGCUAGGAACCAAUACGAUCACUACGGCGGCCUCCACGCUUAUGCACACGCCGUCAGUGAACUCCACCAAAACCGAACCGGAACUAGUGUUAAGUCCAGCGAAGUUAGGACAGUAG